CAUGUUUGUUCAGGAGGAAAGGAUCAGGCUAGCGCUCGACAAGCAGUCGGUCAAGGAGAAAUCAGAGGAAGAUGUCUCAGUGCUCUCCCCAUCGCACAGCCUCUCCUCCUUGGCAUCCCUGGCCUCCAGCUCCAGUGCGGCACCAGCUCCCGACAGCCUGAAGGUGCCCCCAGCGCAGGCAGUGCCUCCCACUCCCUCCCCCAAGCUGGAGAUCAAGCCCAGUGGGAGCUCCCCCUCCGUCACCUGCACCAAGACUCCCCCUUUGCUGGACGAAGACGCGGACACCUUGCCCUCCGGGAACAAAUCCCCCAGCCAAGCCUGCGGAGCACCCAGUCAGAUCGGCCUCAAGCUGAAGAUCAAGCAGAGGGCUGGGCUAUGGCAAGUGGUGCACAACACCGCUUCAAAGGUGACCAGGGAUCGUGAUCCUGACCCAGGAGCGGGCCUGGGGGCUCAGGGAGACAACAAGGAACCGGGAUCCGAACCCACGACUGGGGCCCUGGAUCAGGAAGGCAACACGAAAUGUUAGGGAGACAUCCCUGGGAUCUUGGAGGGAAGAAUCCAUGGCAUUGGAGCAGGGUUAGAAUGACUGUAUUUCUUUUAAAAAUAAGACAUUGUAGUAAGUUAUCGUCACUUCUGAACAAGUACAGUACUUCUGUGUAUUUUACUUUUAUAUAAUUCAUCUUCACUUUUGUAACUGUCCAACCAAAGUAAAACUAAUAAUUAAAAGUCAUAAUUCUUUGUCAAAGCAUAAAUCAGCAUGCCUACAUUGGGUGGGUUAAAAUUAGAUGCUUUCAUUGAAUACGAUGCCCUAACUGUUGAGAGAGAAAUAAAUAAUCAAAUACUUUUGAAUGAUUGGAUAAAGUUGUUUAUAUAUUAUAGAUAUAUAUGUUGUAUAAUGUUUUUUUGUCAGAAUGUUUUAUUGAAGGGAUUACCCAUUAAAAACGUAUGACUGCUAUCCAGACAGUUUUGUCAUUGCAUUAAGGUUUUUUUUCCUACCUGCUCAACAAAAUAGCGGGAGACAUCACAGUCUUGAUGGGUUUUCUUGUUUUAUUUUUUUUUUAAAGAAUUUAGCCCCUAAGAUCAUAGAUAUUGUAUGCCGUGUGAGUAUGGAAGUUAAUUCCUACCUGGGGAG